AUUUAUGUAAAAAGAAUAACAAGCUAGAAUGGUGUGGUCUGUUUGGAUGUGAUGGAGUGAGUGAAAAGAAAAUGCAUUAGGAAAGGAAUUCUACAAAAGGUGGAAGCAUAUAUUGGAAUGGUUUGAAAGCUCUACUAUGGGAAGGAGCUUUGUGGUGGAGAUGAAAUGGAAAUAUGACAGUUGCUGAUGUGCUUCUUUGGAGGAAUAAAAAGCAAACACUAACAGUACUGUUGAUCUUGGCUGCAUUUCUCUUCAUUUUUAUUGCAACUGGAUAUACCAUUAUAACUGCACUUUCCAAGCUUCUGCUGGCAGCAUCAAUUUUCCUUUUCAUCCAUGCUAAGUUACCAGAGAAAAUAUUGGGAUAUAAAAUUGAAAAAAUUCAGGAGUCAAAAUUUCACAUUUCAGAAGAUAAGUCUCACCAAGUUGCCAUGUCAGUAGCGUCAGGGUGGAACUCUGCAAUGGUUUGUUUAAAAUCUCUUUGCAAAGGAAGUGAAUUGAUACUUUUUCUGAGGAUGGUUCUCUCUCUAUUGGCUCUCAGUAUACUUGGAGCUGCUUCUUUUUGCAAUAUGUUCAUUAUAGGAGUUUCCCAGUGCCUUCCUUGCUUUUGUCGUGUAUGAGAAAAAGGAAGAAGAGAUGGAUGAAUUGAUCCUUAAGAUUAUCUCACUUGGCUGCAAAUCGAAGUCUUGUAAUUCUGGAAAAACUUCCGACUCAAAAAAACUGCAAUAAUUGUUAAAUUAACACGGGGAGCUGUUCCUAUUCAUCACUCGCUUGGAGCUCCUUUGUCGCUUUCAGAUUCUUCCUACUGUUGGCAUUGAAUGCUUCGCAUUUUCUUCUGGACAUGAAAGAAACGUGCUGGACGAUCGCUACAUUUUCUACCUCGUGUGCACAUCUCUGCCAAGAUGAACGCUGUGUAUUGUGAUCAAUGCCUGCCUUUAUCAUGAAUAUGCCUUUAUUUUUGUAGCGUUUCAGAGAGUUGACAUUGAUUUGUUAGUUCUCACUUGAUGUUUCAAUUUAUUGUGAAGGUCUUUGAUAAAAUUCCUUGUCUUUUAGUUCUGUGUGCCACAAUCCGACCUUCAUGGUUUCAGGGAUUUAUAGCGUAUACGCUUGUGUUUUGCAUUA